AUGAUGUUAGAUAAAACAAAACUUAAAGGCUGUUGGUCUAUAAACAGAAAUUGGACAAUUAAAAAUCAAAUUUUGGGGAUAUCUUCCAUCAUUUCAUCAUUAAUAUCUCUUAUUCUCCUUGUAAGCAUAUGGCUUAGUUAAAGAUAAAUUUAUGAAAAUCUAAAAAGUGUCUCUGAAGAAAUCUUUAUCAGGCAAACAUCAUAAUAAAUAAAUAAUAUUUGGAUACACUAACGAAGCUUAGAAUAAAUGAUAUUUUACACCAAAGAAUAAAUUCAAACAAUAAGAAUUCUUUAUAAAUAAUUCGAUCAUCUAAUUCAUCAUUCAAAUUAGAAUUUUAAAUUUGAAAGUCCAAAAAUGUGUUUAAACAAUAGGUCUGAUCUUGAUUCCUAUUGUUUUUAGUCAUCAACAACAUGUGGGAUAUUUGGAACAAAUUUAGAUUUUAUUAAGGAUGAGGAGAGUAGAAGCAUAAUUGCAACAACAUUUACUUUAACCUCUUUCCGUAUAACUCUUGAUCAUACUCAAAGUGCUCCACUUUAUUAUUUUUAGAUAAUGAUGCUUAAUUCUUUUGUAUUACAACUGGAGCUAUUUUUCCAUAAUAAUUCAAACCUAAUGAAAGACCAUAUUAUAUAGAAUUCAAAAAAUACAUUAAUUAAGAUACAUAAAAUGAUAGUAUUUAUUUUGCUAGUCCUUUUAAAAUGAUUGCAGGAUUCAUAAGAAUUCCUAUAAUGACAUCUUUAGUUAAUCAAUUUGAUCAAAUUGUUGGCAUGGUAGCAAAAGAUAUAGAUUUUACAUAUGCAUCAAUAGCUAAAUCUUAAAAUUCAAAUACAGUUUUAUAUGUGAUUGAUCAUUAGGGCAAAAUAUUUUAAUCCAUAAUUUAUAACUAAAUUAAUUUAACAGUUUACUAUUUUAAUGAGACCAAUGUAACUGGGUUUAACUAGAAAGACUUUUAGUAAUUGAUGAAUUAACAUAAUAAUGUUUCUUUUGAAAAUGAUUGUCCACAUCUAUAAAGCGAUAUCUUUUUAUGUAGAUUUAAUAAAAAAUCAAAAUAAUACCAAAUUAUAAAAUCUUCUAAAAUUCAAGAUUCUCCCUUAAUUUUAGUUGUUUUAUUAGACACUAACAGUAUAAUCAAAUAAAGUAAUGAUAAUCUAUUUUUAAUAUAUUAAUCUUAAAUUGAAUUAGCUCAAUAGAUAACACUUUAUUUAAUCGUAAUUCCUAUUGGAAUUAUUAUUUUUAGCAAUAUACUUACAUAUAUGAUAUUUCGAUAAUUUAAAUAUCUACUCAAUCUUAUUAAAUAAAAGAUAUUCACAAAUAAAAAAGAGCUUUUUUUCAAUCCUUUUGAGAAAACUAAACAAAUUUUUAAUUCAAGCUGUGUAACCAAUUUAAUUCAUGCAUCUAUCUAAAAAUUCAAUAAUUUAGAAUCAGAAGGUAAAUCGAGAGGUUGUCUAACACAAGAAAAAAUCAAUUAUCCCAGAAACAUUCAUACUUAAAUGAAAAUUUAGUAAAAAUUUGUUCUGGUUAUGCAAUUUUUUAAUCAAAAUCUUGAAAAUGAAUAAGAAACAAAAAAUACUAUUUUCGACAGUACAAAUAAAUUUAUAUUCAAAUAAAACAUGUGA